AUGUCAUCUCUUUCGAGCCAACUACAAUCUCUUCGGACGGCAACUGCUCAACAUCAAACUGUAGAAAGAAAGCAUGUAUCACUACUGUUUGAGAAGGCAGAGGCACGCACCGUUGACAGAGAAUCUGCUUUCCAAAUUGGGUGUGCUGGGCUUCAGAAGCUGAAGCAGUUGGACCCGAUAUUUGAAACGUCCAAUGAUCUUUUUGACGAAUCACGAUUGCAUUUCCAACGUUCUAUGAUUACUAAGGAAGAAAAUGCCCUGCUUAACGAAAAACUAGAGAAGUUAUUAUUCCACCUUUCUCCGUAUCUGCAGCACUUUGCGUGCCAACAAGUUUUGGAGUGGCUAGUAUUCAAGUACCAAAUUUAUUCGUAUAAUGCUGAGGCGAUGAUUUUGACUUUUCUCCCAUUUCACGAGACAAACUUUUUCGGUCGACUCCUCUCUGUUGUUGAAUAUAAUUUUACAGCUUCGAAGGAUUGGGGAUUUUUAGAAGAUUUUUGCAAGAAGAGUUACCCAGUUCCUUUCAGUGCGAUUCUAAAGAAUACCUUGUCAAGUAAUCACUCUUUGAUAACGAAGAUCGCUGAUCAUAUCAACCGAGGGAUACAAUUGGUUGGAGAGGAAUUCAUGGAAGGAAGGUGUUAUAUGUUAUUCACUUUCUAUGCUAAACUGCUUGUUUGUGCAUUAGAAGAAUCUACAAAACUUAAUGAUGUUCUACUUUCAAAAAUUAUUCCUCUUAUUGCUGUCGGGCUUAGGAGCGGCCUUCCUUCUUUCCGACAAGCCUCUUUAAUAGUGAUUUGCGAGUUAGCGACCUCUACUAAGCUUACUCCAGAUAUCGUUUCCCCUCUUAUUAAACUGAUAUUGAUGAAGUUUCGCAAGAAUUCUCUUGAGAGCUCUCUUUCUACGUUGAUAGUGCUCUGUCAGCGGCAAACUCCGGACAGUUUCUCAAUCAAAGCAACGUUGAAAACACUGCGUAACGCUGGCGAUCUCGAAAUAUGGCUUUUAGUGAAAGAUUUAUCGAGGAAUACAGAUCUCACGGAAUUUUUAAAGGCUUUAUGGAAUACUUUGUUUUCUGUUGCAAGUGAAGAUUCCUACAUAUCCGAUCACAAAGAGUGUUUGCGUGGACUACGAGAAACCUCCGAUCCAGAGAUAUUGAGUGAUUCACAGGCAAUGUUCUUCCUUUCGAAGCUGCUCGAAUACGCAGAUGUGCAUUCUCUUCAUACCAACAAAAAGUUCUGUAAACAUGUCUGCUCUCUGGUGGCUCGUUUCUCUGACCAGUGGAUGGAACUCCGUUUGGAGUGGACUUCAAGAGAUGAAGCUGUUCUCUCGAAAGUCACAAAUCUUUAUCAGCUUGAAAAGUUCACGAUCAUACCACAAGGAGAGGCGAAAAGAAAACGGAUGCGACGUCGUUCCAAUUCAAUGCGAAAAAGCACCUCGGAAAUCCCGUCAGCGAGCAAGCUUUCAAACGAGGAAAGUGUUGCUCUCCGGGCUGAGGAAAUGGCCGCCGCAUCUGAAUUCGCUCGACGGGAAUCGUUUUCCGGUGACCCUAUACGAAAGGCCAGAGAAUGGAUAAGCAAGAAGGAUUGGGAAAAUGUGUCAUGGGCUUUCGAUGAAAUGAGUUCUCGAAAGUCGUACUUUGUCAAUAAAGCUGGUGAAGAUGUUGAAGAUUUUGCAUUGGAGGUCAUCAAGAUCAUCGUUGAAUCCCCAGAAAAUCCGGUCUUUAGCGCCGCCAGCUCAUCAUUUGCUAAGGCAAAUUUCCGGCCCGAAUUCGUGGCUAAGUUGUUGGUGCGUCAUGAAGAUACCGAACCUUGUGAUAAAAAACCAAGGUCCUUGAGUUCAACAAAGGUGUUUUCCGAGGUUUUCAAAUCCGAAACUACUGAACAUUUUGAAAGAAGGCUUACGUUUGUCGUCGAAAUGCUAACUAAAAUGCUCCACGUUCCUGUGGACCCACGAGUGAUUGCCGUCCUAUUUGGACUGAUCAAAGAGUUUGGAGAAAGGAACGAUACAAUAACGCAGCGCGUGAUAAAUCUUCUGCUGAAAAUCUUCAAAUCAACAGGCAAGUACAGGAUUUUGGCUGCUGACUUGAAGAUGGAUAUCGUAGUCGAAAUGAUGCGUAACACUCAUAGUCAUCAUAUCCUUAGAGAUUCUCUGCGGUUGCUCACUGCAGCUGUGCGAAUAUCACCGGCAAGCGUUACUUCUCAUGUGAUGUCUGUGUUUACAUUUAUGGGGAACGGGUUGCUUCGCAAGGACAAUGAAUUGACUCUCAGAAUAAUAGAAGAUACAGUUGAAGGACUUUUCCAAGCUGUGUGCGAAGAAACCGGGAAGCUGUUUUCAAUGGAGGAAAUGCGGGUACGUCUCAUUGGGGUAGCAAAAGUAUUUGCCGCUUCUGUUUGCGAUAUUCCUGCUCAUCGGCGAGCACGCAUAGCGCAUGCAAUAGCGCGUGCUGUGAAGCAUCUCAACGUGUGGAUUGUAGUCGGAGUUCUUCUUGAGCACUUUUGUGCGAGAUGGCAGCGCUCGGCAGGUGAUGUCAGCAAGCGUUCUGCAGAACAAGACGCCUUUGAAGAUCUUGCUUUCGAACUAUUCAUGGGGAUUGAUCCCGUGUUUCAGCUUUGUGCAGCAGUAGAUCUUGUGCAGUUUAUUAUUAGGCUGGGAAGCGAUUGUUCACCCGAAUCAGGAGCGUCAAGCUUGGACCAUUCAGUAUUCGACAGAUCGAAAUACUCAUUGCCAAAACUUCGUCACUUUCGUUUUGUUACGAUUGGGCUAGUCGUUAAAGUUCUCAGUAACAGGAAAUUAUAUGAAAAGCUUGGGCCACUAGAUGACAAACUCCUCUAUCAGUCAAUGCUCCCUAUUGGGAAACGCAUGAUGACAGCUUCGGUUGACUUGGCUGAGUUUGUCGAGAAGGAAAGUGCUACGGCUGAACAAGGAAACGAACUUCAAACUGUCCGUUACUGGGUUGCCUUUUCUUCUCGAGCAGAGACCGUUUCUGAAAAGCUUCGUCACUUCAUGCCUGGUGGGGUGGCAGCUACAAUCAUAAAUGAUAUCUUGGAAGACAACGCAGCAGAUUUGAGGAUGCGGGAGAAAGCUCUUCAACUUGCAAAUCUGAAAUUGAUACACGAUGGUUUUUUUUACUCUGAAAGUGGUAUUAACGAGGAACAUCUUAUCAGGAUGGCAGUCGUUCUCAAUAAGUGGCUGGUGAAGGAGAAAUCCGACCGUGAAAAAAUUACAUUAUGUCAAAAUGCUGCAUUCACGCUGAAGUUGGUGGCCAAACGCCUCCCGUGCCAGACGGACUCUACGACACUAGCCGAAACCAUGUGCAAAUGCACAAAUCUAGUAGCGGAGUAUCAGUCACUAGACGAGUACAUGGUGGGAAAUGUCUUGCUUCUUGCUGGAGAACUUAUAAGAUCUCACAAUAUGAGAACUACUAUGGUUUCGGCGAUCCCACUACUGAAGACAUGUCUUUGUAUCUUGAAUGAGUGUGCUUUGAAUCAGAAGGCCUUGGCAGACCCAUUCAUAGAACAUGUGAGUGGAGAUAUGAGUACUAGACGUCGUCGAAUCAGACAGCAGUCCUUUAGUGGCAAAAAACUGGGCACUUCUACGCUUCUGAUAUGUGCAUUAACCUGUACGCAACGUGUCCUCGACCAAUUCGCUCCAUUUGUAUCGCAGUUGAUUCCAGAAAUUCUAGUCCAUUAUUGCCGUUUGUGCGGACGGCAGAGUGAAUCCAAUACAACUACAAAUGUAAAUAUUGUUGACAAGUCCUCUAAUAUGCAAACUUCCAAUAGCAUUCAGCACAGACUCAAUCUCAUCCGCACUGCUCUACUCAAAUUGGAAGUGCGGAUUGUAGGAGAACAUUUUGCGAAGGCAGUCAUUCAACUCAGCGAAGAAGAGAAACCAUUGAUUGUACUUUUCUCUCUGCUUGGAAAUUAUUUUGGUCAAAACAAUCGUGUUAUCAUCACACAAAUCAGGAAUAACCUUGUGCAAAACGUGUUCAUGAAAGGUCUCACUUAUCGUGCCCACGAAAGGAACAUUGAGAAUAUGGGGAAAAUCGAAAAUGUGGAACGCAGUGUCUUCUCAUCUAUUUUGGAAAUGGCAGAAGUAUUAACGGAAAACACUCUUCGAUCAGUUGUAAACUUUCUGAUAGAUUGGGCAGAGCAAGGUUUAAAGCUGAGCGCAACUCGCGAUGAACGCUGCCGUCUUAUAACGGUGUUCAUGUUUGCAAACAGUUUCUACGACUCUUUCAAUUCGCUUGCGUUGCCAUACUUCGGAAAGCUUAUAGAGAUGUCUGUGAAGGUGCUGAAUUCUUGCAAUGCUACAAUUACGGAUGAUCCUUCUCUAUUGCUGUUAUAUGGUAAGAAGGACACCAUGGAAGGAAGGGAGACUGACUCUCUUUUAACAGCCACAAUAGAUUUUGUGGGUAACUGCGCGCGGCAUAGAGAAUUCUUUACAGAGGAUCGAGCAAAGUUACUCGUAGAACCUCUCACCAAUGAGAUAGUGAACAGCAAAGUCGCUGGACACGAGAAAAGAUGCGUUCCUCACUUGUCGGAUACCCUCUAUCGAGUGUCGGACGCUCAUCCAGACAUCUUUCAGGCCAUCUUGGACAAAGUACUACUUAAAACAAGAAGUGGCAGAGCAAAGAUUCGAUAUCGCGCUUUGCUCGUAGUGGAGGCCAUCUUCGAUAAAGUUGGAGAUGGUAUAGCACCUCAUCUGCCCAUGGUGAUGCCGUUCCUUAGUGAACUUCUUGAAGAUGAGAAUUGCGGUGUUGAAGAACAGUGUGAUCGCGUUGUUCGGCUGCUCCAAAACAAAUUCGGGGAAAAUAUAUGUGAAGGUUUCACGUAG